AUCGGCCGCCGCCCCCCCGACAAACAUGUUCAUCAACCUGAUGAUGUUUUGGCUCAUGUGCGUGGAAGGCCUGAUUUGUAUCCUUCUGUGCAUCCCUUUCUUCAAGCAUGCGACACAAGCCGUGGUCACCUUCCUGUCGUCGAAUGUGUUCACUCCUAAAUCGCAUCUUACAACUGCCGGAUAUGGCAUCCUUGCCUUGGUUUUCAUCAUGUUUCUUGCCAACUUGCAAACCACGUACAACCAUCAUAUGUCGGACGAAGCCAUGAGCGAUGGUUUCCGCAUUCGAUUGCUCGCGGCCCAGCGUGAUAUGUACAUUUCGGGUAUUUGUUUGUUUUUGAACUUGCUGUUGCAAAUGCUGUACUCGAGCAUGGUGCUCAACAUCAAGCUCGAAAAGAGCUUGGGGGCGAUGGAGAAGCAAGCAAAAGGUGCAAGCUCGAGCUACACAAAGCUGCUGGAAGAGCACGAAAUUGUUCAAAAGCAACUGAAGAAGCUUGUCGGGCUCGAUGGCUCGACCGACAUGACCACGUUGGAAAAGCUGCUAAAGGAAAACGCCACAUACGAAACCGAGUUGGCGACGCUGAAGAAGACCGCGGCCGCCAGCGAAUCGGCGAUUGCGCAGGUGAAGAAGCAAGCGGACAGCCAGAGCGCCGCCUACAUGAAGCUCCUCGACGAAUCCACCGCCCAAGCAGACCAAGCCAAGGAAGUCAUAGAUCUUCAUGCCCAAGUUCUUGAAUUGAAGAAAACGAUCAACGACGUGACCAAAGACCGCGACGCACUCAAGAGCCAAAUUCAAGACUACGACUUUAUGUUUGCUGAAGCGAAGAAGAAGGCGGAGUAGGCACAUGACGUGGCAAUUCUGUAACAAUUGGACAUGUUGCACUGCUCUGUCGUUUGAAGUGCAUGCAUGAUGCACUCAUGCGCUCAGAGAUGGAUAACGUGGAUGGAAGACAAAGAUGAGGUAUGGGUUUUGCAUCAUGGGCAAUGAGUACAUCACAAUUCGUCCGUUGCUGCCC